AGUCUUUCAUGUAAGUCGUGUAGGAUACAAAUCCACAAAACACUCAAACAACGAAAUUAAAAUUCUAUUACCAUAAAUAGAAACAAACAACAAAAACAUAAUCAUAAACCAAAAAACCGAUUCAAUUGAUCAAUCAAAAUGGGAAACACGUUCUGUUUAUUCUGUGGAUGUGUUGAACAAUCAAGCGUAGGAAUUGUUGAACAGUGGGGUCGUUUUCAAAGAGUUGCUCAACCUGGUUUUCAAAUCUUUAACCCUUUUGCUGGUGAAUGUCUUGCUGGUAUUCUUUCUACCAGAAUUGCUUCUCUUGAUGUUAAAAUUGAAACCAAAACUAAGGACAACGUGUUUGUGCAGUUGUUAUGUUCAAUUCAAUACCGUGUAGUGAAGGAAAAUGCUGAUGAUGCUUUUUAUGAGUUGCAAAACCCACAGGAACAGAUCCAGGCUUAUGUUUUUGAUGUGGCUCGUGCUAUUGUUCCGAAGAUGAAUUUGGAUGAGCUGUUUGAGCAAAAAGGUGAGGUUGCCAAAGGUGUCAUGGAAGAACUUGGAAAGGUGAUGGGAGAAUACGGAUAUAGCAUAGAACACAUACUGAUGGUUGAUAUUAUACCUGAUCCUUCUGUGCGCAGGGCAAUGAAUGAGAUCAAUGCAGCUCAAAGGCUGCUACUUGCUAGUGAAUUCAAAGGAGAAGCAGACAAGGUGCUUAUUGUUAAAAAGGCAGAAGCAGAAGCCGAAUCAAAGUUUUUAGGCGGGGUUGGUGUGGCAAGGCAGAGGCAAGCUAUCACAGAUGGCUUGAGAGAGAACAUCUUGCAAUUCUCUAACAAGGUAGAAGGAACUUCAGCGAAGGAAGUUAUGGAUCUUAUCAUGAUUACUCAAUACUUUGACACAAUCAGAGACCUUGGAAACAAUUCAAAGAAUACCACAGUUUUUAUACCUCAUGGACCUGGCCAUGUUAGGGAUAUUGGUGAUCAAAUUCGCAACGGUAUGAUGGAAGCAUCGUGUGCUCAAGUUACUGAUGUUGAGUGAUUUUGUAAAAUUGCAUUUUAUCAAAGUACACUCCUGUUUCUUCUAUCUUUAUCACAGUGUCACAUACAUAAAAUAGUAAUUUCUUGGUAAUAUAUGGAUAUGUCAUUUGUUUAUUUAUGUUGGAUUUUAUGAAGAACAGUUUUGAACAGUUUGAAGUUGUAAAUGAAGAUGGUUGAGUUGUCUAUACAAUCUCUGUAGCCAUGCUAUAUAUUCCUUGACAUUGUAAUCUUAUGAGAAUUCAAAAGAUGAUAUAUAAUCUUCUGCUUUAUAUUAA